AUGCAAAACCCUCCGUCGAUCCGUCCUGAUAUGUAUAAUCAGGGGAGUAGCUCAAUGACUGCUUAUAGUGCCUCUGAGAAAAAUUUAAAUGAACAUCCUUCUCCACAAAUCGCUCAGCCCAGCACGUCUCAAAAGUUACCUUAUAGAAUAAAUUCUACAACAACUAAUAGUGACACCGACAACACUGUUAACAACAAUCCUAUCCAGCCUCCUUUGCCAAAUCUAUUACAUUUAUCCGGUCCGUCGGAUUAUAGAUCGAUGCAUCAAAGUCCUAUGCAUCAAAGUCCUAUGCAUCAAAGUCCUAUGCAUCCAACUUACAUUAUCCCUCCGCAUUCAAAUGAAAGAAAACAAUCUGAUUCUUAUAGCAGACCCCAAAAUGCUCAUGUUAGUAUGCAACCUUCCGUUGUAUUCCCCCCCAAGAGUUAUUCUGUACCUUACCCACCUUAUCAAGUAAAUCCUCCUUUGCCAAACGGACUUCCGAACCAAAGUAUAUCUUUGAAUAAGGAAUAUGUCGCGGAAGAUCAACUGUCGAACCUCCCAUCUCGUAAUACCAGUGUUAUUUCCGCUCCCCCUCCUUUCAAAAAUAGCGCUAGUGGCGCUAAAAAUUCAGCUGAUGAUAGUGAUAAUGUAACCAAACCUGCCACAGAAAAAGACGUCCAACUCGUAAGUAAUUCAGGAAAAACCUUAAGAAAUACAAGAAGAGCUGCUCAAAAUAGAACGGCCCAAAAAGCAUUUAGACAAAGGAAAGAAAAAUACAUUAAAAAUCUAGAACAAAAAUCAAAGAUAUUCGACGAUUUAUUAGCAGAAAAUAACUACUUCAAAUCAUUAAACGAUUCAUUGAGAAAUGACAACAACAUUUUAAUAGCUCAGCAUGAAGCUAUAAGGAACGCAAUUACUAUGUUAAGAAGUGAGUAUGACGUUCUAUGUAACGAAAAUAAUAUGUUGAAGAGUGAGAACAGCAUAAUAAAAAAUGAACACAAUAUGUCAAGAAACGAAAAUGAAAAUUUAAAACUUGAGAAUAAACGCUUUCACGCGGAAUAUAUACGAAUGAUCGAGGACAUUGAAAAUACUAGAAGAAAGGAACAAGAGCAACGGGAUGAAAUAGAGCAACUAAUCAAAAAAAUUAGAUCUUUAGAAGAAAUGGUAAGGAGUCACUCAGAUAGUGCGACGUGA